AUGCAGCAAAGGAGGGAAAGUCGUCCAGAUGGGCUCCGCCCUUCCAGUCAUCUGUCCCUUCGGCGCCUGUACACAACGUGGGACCUGUUGACAAUGAGCGUCAGAUUACCACUAGCAAACCCAAGUGGAUCAGAAAGUGGGGUGCUUGUGGGAAAAACAAAGAGAACGCUGAGGCCCAGGCUGAGCUGCGGCGGCGCUGCGGGAGGGGGCGGCUCGGUCCCCGCGCUCAGAGCUAAAGGGACCUCCCAGCGCUUCGCGGGCCGGGCGGGCAGCUCCCAGCGUUGCUGCUGCCUCUGGGGUUACGGGUCAUUGUCCAAGGUCCACACUGUCCCUCACACCGUGCACGACCCUCGGCAUCUCGGUCCCAGGGCACCAGCCGGGGAAGGCAAGGCAGGACUGCGGCAGCGAGCUGUCACCCGCGGCCCGCCCAGCAGGGUUUGUAGCAGUUGCUUCCCGCCCCGGGCCUGUGUCCUGCGACCUUCCUGGGCCUUCACCCCACACGGCACGAAGGAGAGAAAGGCCCAAAGACGCGAGGCCCUGCACGGGCAGGGCCGGGGCGGAGCCGACCCACAGGCGGGAGGGAAGGACGCUGGCCUCCCUCGCAGCACGUGCCGUGUGGGGCCCGGGAGCUCCUGGGCUGCCCCUGCCGACUCCACAGCCUCCCGGGCCUCUCAGAGCGGCAGCUUUUCCUCCAGGCCCGGGGGGCUCCCUGGAGGGGGUGGUGCCGCCGCCCUUUCUGGCAACCCUGGGUCUGGACGGCGGGCUCGGUGGAGCCAAGUGUCCCGGGCCACGGCUCCUCCACCAGAGCGGGUUCUGGGGACAGGAUCGGGACAGCAGAUCCUGGGAGGUCAAAGGAGGAGCAGAGAGGCCCGCAGCCCCGGCGUGGGGCCAGGGCAGGCGAGGGGUGGGAAGGUGGGCUCAAGGCUGAGCCGGGGCACGCUGCCAGGAAGAGUCAGGGGACGCGACGGCAGCGGGAGAAGCCGAGGGCUGGAAUCUCCUGCCCUGGGGACCGGUGGGCUGCUGCCGCCGGGGCCAUCAGAGCGGCAGGAGCAGCGCGGGCAGGACCGGACAGGACGCCCUUCUCCUCCCCGGGGGGCUGGGCGGCGGCAGGAGGGCGGCGGGCUCGCUGGCCGGCCGGGCGGGCCCUGGUCACACUGCUGUCGGCCAGGCUCCCGCCUUGCGCUGCGGGUGCCGUCGGCACGCACUGAGGGGCCCUGUGUUCCAGACGCUUCUAGCGACAUCGCCUGCACCAGCUCAUGCCCUUCGCACGGCAGCAGUGGAGCAGCACCUGGUUCUGUUUUCACUUGAGAAGUGGGUGAGGAGACGGAGACCUGGAGAAGGCGGGUGACUUGCCCCGGGCCACAGAGAGUCGGAGGAGCCCAAGCUCCCUGACCGCUGAGUCUGCGGUGACCAGAUCCCGCAGAAUGUACAAGACAAAAGACAGCAGCCAACCUGCCGCAGAGAGACCUCACAUGACGCAGAGGUUGGGCCCCGCUUCCUCCUGCGAGGCGAAGACUGUCUCGGUCCGGUAGACACGGGCAGUCGCAGGGCAUGGCACCUGCAGGGGAGAGACCCUGAGCCAGUGUCAGUCUUAGGUUAUUACAGCUGUCCAGAGGUUUACAGUUAAGAAACAUUUUUUUUUUAGGAAUAUAAAAAUAUUUAUUGACCGCUGUUCACCAGUAUUUACAAUAAACAGUAUACAGUUGGAUACCAUUCUGAUUACUACAAGGCUGUUCUUCCUGGCUUCUGCAGAACCAGUAACCCAAAUACUGAAAAGAUUGAGCCUACAUGUAAGAAAUGAAUUGGGGUAAGAAAAAACAUGCAGGUCAAUAGUUUAGAUUACAAAAAGUUUGUUCACUCAUUUAUGUCAGCAGGUCUGAAACUGCCAA